UUUUGAAGAAAACCGCCGCUUCUCCAAAGUUCAAAAAACUCCCUCUCGAAAGCCGAAAAAGCAAACCAGAGAACUCAACUCGCGAGCGGCGGCCGUUCCUCCCUCUCUCUUCCUCGAAUCGCUUCCGAUUCCGAUCCGUCUCCACCUCCUACCAUCGAUCCAAGCACCCGCCUCGAUCGCCUCUCGAUCCCCUCGGAUCCGCUCUGCCCGGGGGGCGAUGGCCGAUUCCGAAGUCCCGGACAAGCGGCUCAGCCUCAUCGACGUCUCGUUCGAGGACGACUGCCUCCUCGAUUCCUCUCGCGACCCCCAACCUUCAGGAGAUCAGGGGGUUUAUCAAAGCUUUGAGCUUGAGGAGGCUGCGACUUUCAAGGGAGUUGAUAACAUUCUAGAGUCCUUCGCAGCUGUGGACCAACCGGGAGUCCCUCAACUGGUUGAAUCAUGCGAACCGGAAGUGACUGGGAAAAAUGGCAAGUAUAACCUGCGCAAAAGUUUGGCCUGGGAUAGUGCUUUUUUCACCAGUGCAGGAGUUUUAGAACCUGAAGAGUUAACUAGCCUGAUGGAAGGAGUGGAGAAGAAAGGAAAGCAUGUGCUACCCUGUAUUGAAGAGGAGAUACACAGAUCAUCAGAUUCAAUGUCCACCUUAGAAGGUGAUAGUUUGUCAUUAGCAAGUCUCGAGGCUGAUUUAUUUGAAGACAUAAGAGCUUCAAUUCAGAAAUCAAGCAAAGCAUCCAAUAAGGAAAGUUCAGUUAGCAAAGCAGGAGCACUGCUGUCUGAUAAAACGACUCUUCAGUCUUCAACAAAGGCAGAUGUUGGUUCUAACAGUAAGUUGAGACCCAAGCCUGCUCCUAAGAGACCAAGCUUAGCCUCAGGGAAAACAGCAAAGCAGCUUCCCGUUCGUCCACAGGUAUUGCAGGGGAAACAUUCUGCUGCAAUUGGAGGUUCAGCUUCAUUUCCUUCCAAGCCACUUAGACUGAGUACUGUUAAUUUGAUAUCAACAUCCACAAAGAGGGAUUCAGUGGGUGCUAAAUCUGUGAGAGCGGAAAAGAGUAUGGCAGAACUUACUGGUAGGGGGCCGUCAGCAUCUAGAUUACGUGCCAUGAGCGGUCCUCGGCAUAUUAUUCCUAGGCUUUCAUCCUCUUCUAGAUCUUCUUUAGGCUCAACGACCACUAAGACUGAGCCAGAGUCUUCUUGUUCGUCGAUGGAUAGUUCAGGUAGUUUCUCAUCCAACAAGAUAGAAAAAUCAGCAGUGAAGUCUAAUAAGAAAAGUAUUGAGGCUCGAACCAGGAAUUUACCUUCUACUGCUUCAAAUAAGAAAACACCGUCAAAAGGCCCCAAUUCUGGAGUAUCUCAUCUCUCAGCUUAUGUGAUGUCUUCAUCGAAGCUGUCCUCUAGCGUAUCACCUGCCAGUUCCAUCAGUGAAUGGUCAGUGGAAUCCUCUUCUUCCAGUUCAACAGUCAAUCAAAGGUCAAACAGCUCUAGUACUAGCUUUGACCCCAGCUCACGAAGACUGGGCACUGCAGAUGGAGAUGCACCUGAAGUUCCUCAUCUUCAGAAAAGUUCACAUGACAAGAACUUUCGUAGACAUGAAACUCAAGGUUCUAUGGUCCCUGCUCGAAAGAAUGCUUCAGCAGGUGGAGCCCUCUUACCAAGCUCAAUGAAACCCUCUGGCCUCCGAAUGCCAUCCCCCAAAAUUGGCUUCUUUGAUGGGAUGAAAUCAGGUCGUACCCCUAAUGGAAAUAAGCAGUCUCAACCUGUUGGCUCUGGUGUUCCAAAAAAACCUACAGCGGAUAGUGUUAACACGAGUGGGGCUUUGAAGAGGGGAAUGCUUGUAAAGGUCCAAGCUGAAACAACUACAAUGCCAAUCAGUAGGACAAAAGAUCAUGGUAAGGAAUUUGCCCCUGAUGUGACACCUGAAUCGCUUAAAGAACCUCCAAUUUCUGCAAUUGGGGUACGUAGGGUUUCCAGGAACAUCAAACAUACUCCCGGUCCAUCUCCAAAAGUUCAAAGCAAGAUACUUCCUAAAUGUGGGGAGAAAAGUCUGGUGAAGGCAGAGGACGGAGCUAAAGAAUGUGAUGCAUCUGUACAGCAUACGGAUUCCAGUUUAAUGGAGGAAAAUGCCAAUGGAAGUAAAGACAUCAAGUCUGUUGCCAAUGGGGAGACUUUGAAUAUCCCCUUUACAGGUGGAGGACCGGAAUUUUUUUCUGAUGAAGUCUUGACCAACAUAGCAAGUAAAGCACAUCCUGAAGAUCAAGUUGAUUUGUUCGGACAGGUGAAGGAGUUGGCAAUGGAGAAACUUGUGAUUUUUUCUCCCUCGCUUUCUGACCGUGUUUCUGAGAACCCGUGUUCUGUCAGCGGCCAGGUUGAGGUUCUCAAUUCAAACCUUGUUCCGUGUAACUCAAGCACAACUGACAUAUUGGCCAGUACAAGGGCACCUUUCUCUGUGGUAGAUUCUUUAUAUAACAGGGACGGUUGCAAUGAUGUCUCGGCUGGACUGCAAAUUGCGGAGGUCGAAAAGAGGGCGACCCUGCCUUUGCCUGGAGAUAUUACGAAAGAGAACAGUUAAGUUGUCAAACAGAUCUGAAGGUUUUCUGGCGGCACUGGUAUGUGGUUCUUUCUUUAUACCUGCCGAUGGAUUCUUCAAUUGGCAAAUGCAAAGAUCUAAAUUUUUUUUCCCUGAUGCUGAUUAGUUCUUCCAUACUCCGGAAGCUUGGAGAGUGUAACUACAGUGAUUGGAGAAUCUUUAAAUUUGAAUUUGAUUGUGUGGCAUCGAUUGUCUGAGGCUUCUUGACAUGGGACCAAAUAUGUAGGGCUCUUUCCUGUGGUUUCUUUCGGGCUUCUUGGUACCGGAUGGAUGUAGUAUGCUAGUAGCUAUGGGAAUUAUGCGUAAAAAUGAUGAUGACUGAGUAGAAAUAGCUAUGAUCUGUUUGGUUUUUAA